AUGACUGUUUGGGUCAUCACAUACCUCGCUACAUCUAUAAGCAACCAUCAACAACCACUACCUAAGCCUGACCUGCCUAAUGAAUUCAUCCGAGGCACAUAUGAGGAUGAUACUUUUAUACCGAUUUCCACAACUGAUGAGGAGCGAUUAUAUGAGCCUUGGAAAUACUCAGUAAUUAUCAAGCUUUUUGGACGAAGAAUUGCACACCACUUACUAAAGAACAAACUCAUAGAGAUCUGGAAACCCACAGAAGAACUCCCUAUUAUUGACUUGGGAUCAGAUUUCUUCCUUAUCAAGUUUCAACAGGAAGAAAACAUGCUGAAAGCUCUACAGGGAGGUCCAUGGUUUAUUCUAAACCACUUCUUAUCAGUACGUAAGUGGGAACCAAAAUUUAUUGCAUCGUCAACACAGCUAAUCUACUCGGCAAUCUGGGUAAGGCUCCCUGAACUACCAACGGAAUUUUACGAUGUGGAAAUAUUACAACGAGUUGGAUCUAAAUUAGGACAUCUCUUAAAGAUUGAUACAUGUACUUCAGCAACUACAAGGGGACGAUAUGCACGUAUUUGCAUUGAAGUACCCUUGGAGCGACCCCUCAAAACAUAUAUAAACAUAGGAAACCAUAGGCAAGACCUCCUAUACGAGGGUAUAAAUAUACUCUGCACUAGCUGUGACCAUUUAGGUCAUACAAUUCAGAGCUGUCCACAUACCACUCAAACUAUAAAAAAUCCUCAAACAAAUCAACCAUCCACUUCUUCUGCCAAACCUGAAACAGAGUGGAGAACAGUUAUUUUUCCAAAAAAGAUGAACUCUUCAUAUAAACCAAGACAAAGCAACAUCACCACCAAUACUCCACCGCUGGAACAACCGCCCGCACACCUACUACCAGUAAUUCCUGAAAGCAAUGAAAUUACUGUUCUAUGCAAACACAAUGAUUACAGUCCACGUGAUUCAUCCACUCUUACCCCUUCUCAAUCUAUCCCACUAGAGCCUUCCUUGUUCGCUCUGCCUCUUAAGUCACUUGAUACUAAUAUCACAGACCCUUUAACAAAUAUUACACCAAUACUUCCCUCUUCUGAAAACACACACAAUGCAGAGACUAACUUUCAUCAACAGUAG